AUGCCGCACUCGUCACGUAGACCUCGUAAACCUUAUCAUCCCAAACGAGUGAUAUCGGAGUCGGAAGAUGGGUGGUCUAGAGUUGAGCGCACAGCUCCCACUCGACAUGGCAACACGCCCUUAGUGCAGGAGGCGCUCCCGCCGGUCGAUCGAUCGCUCACGUUGGAAAAGCUAUUGGAUGAACACAAGAGAUGCAAACAACAAUGGGUCAAUAGCGAAGCGCGCCGAUGGCUCCAACAGCUGUUGGCAAGGCAGAUGACUGAGGGUGGAUGGUCUUUGAACAAGGCUGUCUGUGUCGCUCUGGGCAGUCCAAGUCUGUCAUGGGCCAAUCGCCUCAGGAGUGUUUGGCAACUGGUCAUGUUCAUGGAUCUGAUAGAUAUGGUGCGACCGAACCUGAAGCACGGCGACGAGCUCAAACUGUACGCCCAAGAGCCGCGCUUCACGUCGCUCGACAGAGAAUUCCUCAAGUCUCUCGACGUGCUUGUUCUGGAACAACCACGAGCAGAAGAAAUAGUAGAUGAUGCCAGCCUCAUCUUUAUACCCUGUCUGGAAUGGGUGCUCGAGCUGCCCUUCAUGCUGGUCGCUGCAAAGUCGCCUCUAUACAUCAGCUCAUCCAUGCACUGGGUGGCUGAAGAAGCCGAACGUGCUCGUUACCGCUUGGCCAACGACCCAGAAGGCUCAAACCGGCUGCAGAAAGAUUGCGACGAUGCAUUGGCUGCCUCCAAGACGGUCCUGGACACUCAUCAUGAACACAAGAUGCCUGAAGCUGAUUUUGCCGACGGUCACAGUCUCGCCAUGACCAUCUACACAUUGAAACAUGCUGAGGAAGAUUGA